AACCAUGGCAACUAGAUAAGUAACCAUAGCAACUACUUUACUUCUACAGUUACCAUGGCAGAAAGACGGAGGAGUCAGGUAGUGCUAAUACUCUGUGGAUCCUUUAACCCGCUAACUUUCACUCACCUGAGGGUUCUGGAGAUGGCUAAAGAUCAGAUAACUGCUAAAUCAGGAGUAAGUGUGGUAGGUGGUCUAAUAUCACCAGCUCAUGACGAAUACAGCAGACAGAAGGACACUCUUAUCUCCGCUAAACACCGUAUCAAGAUGAUACGACUCACUCUAAGUGAACAGGAAGACAAGUGGGUUCAGCUGUGGGACUGGGAGGUGAACCAGCCAGGGUGGAGGUGCACUUCCGAGGUGCUCCUUGAAAGUGAGCGAGCGUGUAGGCAGAUCUACGGAGCCGGGGUUAGGGUCAUGCUUGUGUGUGGUAUUGAUAUGCUCAAGAAGAUGGCGGAUCCGGAGUGUUGGGCCCCGAUAGAUGUGGAGUUUAUAGUGAAGAGGUAUGGUUUAUUAGUACACAUGCGGAGAGGGUACGAUGUAGAGGAGGUACUGCAGGAGUUCCCGGAGCAUUACAGGCAGUACAUCCACCUGGUACCCAGUACCGUACAUUGUGAGGUGAGCUCUACAGAGAUAAGGAGUCUCACAGCACGUGGUCUCAGUACCCGGUACCUCCUCUCUAACAAGGUAGUCACGUACAUCAACAAGAACAGACUCUACCAGGGACACACCUCCCCCCGCGUGGUUAACCCCACCCUGAGCUUCACCCCACGCGCACCUGGUCUAAUGGUCGCUUACACUCCUCCCCCACGCGGCGGAUCUACCGGCGACUACGAAGAGAGUGAUGUGGAGUGA